CAUCCUACAUCCCACUCGCAGUGAUUCAAUAGCGGAAACACCAAGCAAAUAAACCCCUUAGAAUGCCAUUUCCUGCGGUGCCAUUUUGGACGAUUGUUCAGGUCCUCACCGUGGUCCUUCCCACCGUCUCGGGUCUCAUCACCGACGAAAAAAACCCGGCAGGCGGCUGCUGCUCAGGAAACAGCAUCCGAAGCGGCCCGUGUCGCGUCAGAAAGUGCAGCGCGAACGCAUGAAGCCAUCC